UCCCAGCAUAUUCCGUAUUCUUCCAUCGGUAUUAGUACUGUGAAUUUAUCUCUUUGGUUUCUGAGUUUCUGAAGAAGAAACCUCUUUCAAAUUUAGGGUUUCUACAAAAAAGGUUCGAUUUUUAACUUGAAGUUAGGGUUUUUAUUUGUUUACUGUGAGUUAUCAAGCUAUGAGGUACUGUGGGAGUGGAAUGCCUUCCAUGGAGGAAGGUUGUGAAUUCGAAAUCUCUUACAGAAUGGAUCCGACAUCUCUUCGUAUUAUGUCUACAUGUAUCUUAGAAGACAUUCGGUACAAAGCUAUUGUCGUGGCAAAACCUCCCAAGAAUCCCAAAUCUAGACGCAGUGUACUCUGUGUUCGGUUGCUUAAGGAUGACUUUUCGACUCCUCUUAACGACCACACCUUCAAAGUCUUGCGUCGACCGAUUCCGCCGACACAUUCGCUAGAUUGCAUUCCUAUCAAGAUAGGCUGCAUCGUUGAAGCUGAUUAUAAAUAUGCGUGGGUCACUGGUUUUGUGGUCAAAGAGAUUGAUGAUUACAAGUGUUUGGUGUGUUUUUAUUCACCACCUGAUAUUAUUCACUUUGAGAGAAAGCUUUUGAGGCCUUAUCUUGAGUGGCUUGGUGAGAGGAGAGACCCAGGUUGGUUCGGAACAUCACGGCGUAAUGAAAAGUUCUUGAGGCUGUUGGCUGAGGAGCCUAUGUUUAGUCCAGGAACAAUGGUGGAAGUGAGUUCUAAGAUUAAUGAAACUGAAGUCGUUUGGCUUCCUGCAAUGGUUAUUGAAGAGUUUCAAGAUGAUGAUGAGUAUAAGUAUAUUGUCAGGGUCUGUGAUAAGUCCUUGAGCUGCAAGAGUAGUAAGUCAGAACCCAACAGAAUCGUUGAUUUUCGUAGUCUUAGGCCUACACCGCCUUCUAUUUCGGUUGAUGAGUAUCAAUCGGAGGAAUACGUAGAGGUGUUUCAUGAUGGUAUGGGAUGGCGUCAAGGACGAGUGAUGGGAACUCUCUCUCAGAAAUUGUUUACAGUGCUUUUAGAGGCUACAAAGAAGGAAUUGGCAUUCAAACACUCGGAUCUUAGGCCUUUGAAGCUUUGGGAAAAUGGCAUUUGGAAGACAAGGGAAUCGCCGUUAACUCAGAAAUCAGGAUAUAAGAUGAGUGAUUCUGUGAUGAAUGCAAAUGAAUCUGAUCCACCUGUAACUCCACCUCCGGGCAUAACUAUAACACCGUUGAAACAAGAAGAGGUUGAAACUCAAAGAAAGACAUUCCCCAAGAAGACACUUCCAAGGAAUCAGAAUGGUUCAGGAAACGAUUCAACACGAGAGAAUGAAAAUAUCGAAGAUGUUAAUCGAAAGAGGAAAAGAGAAGAAAACCUUUGUUCUGUUGCUAGUGCUGAGGAAGACAAAGCAAAGGAUACAAGAAUGGUUUUGCCCUUUGAGAAGAAGUUACGAAUUUGGAAGACACUAGAAUCAAUGGAGGUGUUUAAAACAGUCCCACAAAGUCCUCAUUUCAGCCCAUUGGUGGAGAGUAGAGAAGAUUCCCGUGAAAUCUCUGCGGUUGGUAUGAUGCUUACCUUUUCUGGUUUACUUGAUGAAGUCAAAGCUCUGCAACACGACGAUCCCAUAAGCUCAUUCGAUAGCCUUAAUGAUUCCUUUUCCAAGUUAGAGAAACACGGGCUCAAUGUAAAAGUACCUCAGUUACGGCUCAAUAAGCUGUUGUCUCUCAGAGAUAGACAAUCAAAGAAAACAGAGGAACUCAAAGGUGCCGAGAAAGUGACUGCAGAGAAAGAGAGCGUAAAGGCUGAGAACGAACGCAAGAUUCUUGAGCUGCAGAGGCUGAAUGAGGAGAUGGACAAAGAGAUAGCUCAAAGUAAGUCAUGUGCAACAAAGAUUGUCCAACAGCUUGAUGAUGUGAAGCUUGAGUUUAAGGCAACUGCAUCAGCUCCAUGGUAAAUAAGUUUAAUGACCUCUCUAAGCUAGUCUCUGUUUUGCACUUACGGAUGAUGAAUGAUGUCUAGUUUUGACUUAGCUUAAUUAACUUCAGAAAUGAAGAACCAA